CCCACUUUUGGGGCACUUGAGCAAGUCCCUUAACCUUCUGUGCCUCCAGAGGAACUGUAAGAUGGCUGACCCCAGCUUCCUAGCAAUGCUAAGAUAUGGGAAGAGUUUUACUGUGUUGUAAAGUUCAUGUGACAAGUAUAAAGUAUCCUUCCUUUAACUUUCUACUCAGAUAUCCAUGCUGUCAUAGACUCUUGUUUACCUCAUGUUCAGAUUAUUUGCUAUCAGGUAGGAUGCAUGUCAAACAUGCAGCAUUAUUCCUCAAUUCCUCUGAUAAACUAUAUUUCAUUCUAUUCUAUUUUAUUCUUAUAUUCAAUGUGGUUGAUCUGCAAACGGUUAGGAAUAGCUGCAUAAUGCUGAAAAAGAUUGAGAUAUACAGCUGAAUUCAAAUGUCUGUAUUGGAAUCUGAGUCAGGGGGAAAAAGUCAAAUGUAUCAUUAUAUAGAAUAUUAAACAGAUGUGCCUCUAUUCAAAUCAGAAAUAAAGGAUAAACCAUUAUAUUGACAUUUGUUCAAAAUGUGAGUGCACCCUGUAACUGGUCAAUGACUAAAGAAAAAAAAUAACAGAAGCCAAAAAGUUUGAUGUGAAUACCUCCUACUGCAGCCCCAAUUUUAAGCAGACAGUGUGUGACAUGUAGCUUGGAGAAUAUAAAAUAGGUUGAAGGUAGCCCUAUAAAUAAAUUGUGGACAAGUUUUUGGACAACACCCAAAUUUAUUUUUAAAAAAUGAAUGCAAUGAUUGCAACAUUAUUACUUUUUUGUUACUUCUGAUAAUAGACUUAGAGGUAUGCAAAGUCUUGCAUUCACCCUGACAAUUCUACAUCAAUUUUAUAACCAGUGACAAACUGGUGAUUGAAAUUUCCUCUGUGCUUAAAAGUAGGCAGCAUGGGUUUGAUGGCUUGUCAGCCUGCCUACAUUAACCUUUAAUCAGAUUAAUAUAUUCUCAUGUUUAUCCAAUUUGUCCAUAAGACUUUCUGAUCUCUGAACUUAUCUAUUAUUAGCAUCAGGAUCUGUGCUCAAUACUCUCACUUUACUCAAAUAACCACUUGUGAAAGAAAUUCUUGCAUUUGUAUCAAAGAAACACUAUUCACACAGCAGAACUUGUUUAUAAUGUACUUAAUGCUUUCUUACCUAUUAUAACUAUCUCAGUGCAACUCUGACUGUAGAUCAUAUGCAAGGUUUAUAUUAUUGUUUUGCUUAAUAGAUAUGGUUCAUGUGUUUAAAAACAUACACAGAAACUGCCUUGAAAACUCACCACACAAAAUUUGUGGGAUGUUUACUCAAUAUUUUAGGAAGUCUAGUCUCAGUGCUUUGUAACAAUCUGGGGUAAAACUAUUAAUGACAUGCUUCAGAAAGUCACACAGGGAACGCUGCAGAUUCUUAUAGACAUGACAAGUAGAAUUUUUGUCAUAUUAAAUCCAUGACAGGAAAAAAUAAGGCUGUUGUGGGAAUGUUGGUUUAUAGCUGCUGUAACAUAAGUGACAACUGUGGCUUGUUUCAUGGAUGUUCCACCACAUUAAACGUAACUGUUAAUGUAAAAAAUACAUUGUUUUAUUAAUAUAUUUUUUUAGCAUUGCCAUGUUUCCCUGUGGUAUGAAAUAAAUAAUUUUAUUGUUACUAUAAUAUGUAUCAUUUUCCUAUAACAACAUAAUUGCUACUAGGUUCAGGUAAAACCCCGAGGACACUGGUUCUCCAGAGAAAUUUAUACAAUGGAGUUCAUUGCAAAGGUUAUACACUAUAGUUUUCUUUUGUUCUGAAAAUGUUUCCAACCCAACUGAAAAACAUGGCGGCUUUUUGUGCUUUACUAUGAGUGUUAAAACCUUGCACCUUUACUGACCAGUAUGACCACUAAAACUGGGCUAGUCGACGUUAGCUCACUACUAAUUUAAUGAUAGAAUAUAAACUUAUGGGGAAUAAUAAAUAUAAUAAAUACAGCGCUUUUGUGAGUUCAUAAAUCAACUGUGUAAUCUAAAUACUAAGAGAGAUGUUGUACCGUAAACAGGAAAUAUAAAUUCACUUCGUCAACCUCAGUUAACGUUUUCUACGUUUUUUAUCGACGGGAGUGGGAACAGGAAGUUGCGUGCGAUUCAAACUGAUUGAAAUGUCGCACGACCAAUCAGGAGGCAACAUCUGAACCGAGGCAGCCAAUAGUGUGAUAGAAGAACGGCGGGACAUCCUGUUCGUGACGCAAAUUUUCACAGUCAACAUCGGAAGCUCCACCUUUUGUGUUUCCCGCACCGUCAAUCAAAAUAGAAAAAAUAGCCUCGAUUCAGCGCUCGCAGCCCGCCUCCGAAUAAUAUAAUCAUGCUUGUCGUGUAAUUAAAUCGAGAUUUUUUUCUAUUAAAGCAGACCAAGUAAUGACUGGUAUGUAAAAACUCAAUACAUUUCCAUUAGACGCAUUCCGCAGCCCCGUCUUAGCUAAGCUAAUGCUAAUGCUGGCUAAGUGUGUCGGUUUGGUUUGCUAAUCUCUGUGCAGUUGUGCUAACGGUUAACGUUAGCCAGCUAGCAUCGGCGCUUGUUGAAUUUUCCGAUUUGUGUGCAGAUCGAAGCUCGGGUUUGUGCUCGGUUUGUUGAAGUAUAUUCGUUGUUGCGGUCGAAAAGUUGAGCUGGCAGUGCGUCCGACUGCGCUGUUUUGCUUCGUGUCCGUGCACCGUGCCUGCGAACAGCGCCCAAACAGCCGGGGAGACAAGAGGAAAUGGCCGCCUUAGACGUGGACAGCAGUCAGAGCGAGUUUCUGCAGCAAGAUGGUAGCAGGGGAGAUCAGGCCAGUCCGCCGUCGCCGCUCGCUCUGCUGGCGGCCACCUGCAGCGAGCUCGGCUCGCCCUCCUUCCGGGGGGAGAACAGGGCUGCCGCUGCCGGGGCUGCAGAUUCGGGAUCAGUGCAGCUGACAAACUCAUCAGAACGAUGGGAUGGAGUAAAGAAUGAAUCGAGCAUUGUGCAACUGUCCAGUGGGGGCAUAGUCACCUCUAACGGGCAGUAUGUUCUUCCCAUUCACAGCCUUCAGGGCCUCCAGAGCCAGCCCAUAUUGUUAACGUCAGGGACAGAUUCCUCCGCCAAUGCAGUGCCUAACAUCCAAUACCAGGUUAUCCCUCAGAUCCAGACAAGUGAUGGGCAGCUGGGAUUUUCUGCUUCAACAGUAGAGGGUGCCUCUCUGGCUCAGGAUGCUUCAGGGCAGAUCCAGAUUCUCCCUGACGGCUCUCAAGCCAUCAGUGUAACCGGCACUGCCUCGGCUGGUAUUCUCAGCAACAGCUCAAACCUCAUGGCUCAGCCUGGCCAAGUGCAGCAGAUCCAGGGAGUAACUCUGGGAAGCUCAGCUUUUAACAGUCAGGGGCAGGUGGUUGCUAAUGUGCCUGUGGGUUUGCCUGGGAAUAUUACCUUUGUGCCCAUUAACAGCGUAGAUCUGGACUCACUAGGGCUUUCUGGGGCACAGACAAUAGCCACUGGGCUGACAGCUGAUGGACAGCUAAUCAUGACCAAUCAGCCAGUGGAAAACACAGAAGGCUCAGAGAAGACAGGAGAACAGCUAUCACAGCAAACACUAGUGGUCAACAACACUAAUGCAGCAGAGAUGUUUGUGCCUACCACAUCUUCCUCAUCAUCAUCGUCUUCGCAGUUACCCGCAAGCACAAUCGAUGGCACAGGUGUACUGACCCAGGGCACACCUGAGCAGACUGAAGGAUUUCUUGCUCAGAGCCAUGUGCAAACAUCUACAGGGCAGCAGGUGAUCCAGCUGCAACAGGUGCCACUUCAGAGCAGUGACGGGCAGCUGGGGCAGCAACAGAUAGCCAACCAGGGGCAGCAGCCUCUCCAGAACGUCCAGCUCAUCAACCCAGGGACCUUCCUCAUUCAGGCACAGACCGUCACACCAUCAGGCCAGAUACAGUGGCAGACCUUCCAGGUUCAGGGGAUUCAGAACCUUCAGAAUCUGCAGCUCCAGACAACCCCAGCCCAACAGAUAACAUUAGCACCAGUGCAGACCCUCUCUAUAGGGCAGGGAGCUACAAUAAGUACCCCAGUUAGUAUCAGUUCUGGGCAGAUUCCGAACCUGCAGACGGUCACAGUUAAUUCGGUGGAUCAUGCAGGGCUUCAGCUGCAGACUGAUGACACAGACAGCCCUGGAGUAGAAGACGAGAUGGAGGGUCUGGGCCAGGAGGGCAAACGGCUGCGCAGGGUCGCCUGCACCUGCCCCAACUGCAAAGAGGGAGGAGGAAGGGGCACCAACAUGGGGAAGAAGAAACAGCAUGUAUGCCAUAUAGCAGGCUGUGGGAAGGUGUACGGGAAGACGUCUCACCUGCGAGCUCACCUGCGCUGGCACUCAGGAGAGAGGCCUUUCGUCUGCAACUGGAUGUUCUGCGGCAAGAGAUUCACACGCAGCGAUGAGCUGCAGCGACAUCGGAGAACACAUACAGGCGAGAAGAAGUUUGUGUGUCCCGAGUGCUCAAAGCGCUUCAUGCGAAGCGACCAUCUGGCCAAGCACAUAAAGACGCAUCAAAAAAAGGGCAGCGGUGGUGCAGUCGUGGCAAGCGUGGAGACCUCUGCCUCCUCUGACGGCAUCAUCACCCCAGGAGCUACCACACUCAUCCUCGCCAACAUUCAGCCAGGUGCCGUGCAGGGCCUCGCUACUGUUAACGCCACUGUUAACUCGUCCAACUCGCAGGAGCUGCUCACUACAGCAGAGAUCCCACUGCAGCUAGUCACCGUUGCAGCCAGUGAAGCUGCAGAGUGACGAGCGCACGCAGGAGCUAAGCAACUAUCGGAGGAAACUUUCUCAUUUGUCAGGAAAGAAACUGCAACACAAAGAUUUGAGUAAACUUUUUAUUAGACUGCCAAGGUUAUGUUGCUUUGGGAAUAGUGUCAUUCUUAUCCUCUACUUUCUCUCCUUCCUGGAUCUUAGUUUGACCACAAGACUGCGCUUCCUCAAAUUUAUCCUGCUUUUUAUACCCACACAGAUUAUUCUCAUUUACGUAAAUUAAUCCAUUUACGUAAAUGCACAUAUAUAAAAAUAUAUUUUACAAAUAUAGAAUAUCAAUUUAUGUUUGUCUGCAGUUUUUAUAUGGCAAGAAUGGAACAGAAGAAAAUGGUCAAAAGUGGUUUCCAUAUAAAAAACACUGAAAUGCCUUAUUUUGUAUCAUACUCAUGUGUACAAAAGUCAAGUUGCUAAAGAGCUUUAAAGCAACUGUUAUGACAUGUAUGUUUGAAUGGGAGUAACCUUUAUAAAGGAAGCUAGGUUUGGUCAACGGGAAUGAUGUUAAUCUAAUUAUGUGGCUAGUUUAGGGUAUGUUGUGGCAUUAGUUGGCCGCCCUACAAGAGAGGAUGUUCAGGGUAGAACAUUAGAAUGAAGUGUGCCACUCUGGUGCUGGGCGUUAUGAAGUUCAUGUCCAAAUGUGUCUUUAAUGUACGUGUUUCUGAUUCUUUUCUCUAAAAACAUGCAUAUAUAUAUAUAUAAAAAAAAGUUAAAUGUGGUCCUUUUAUUUUAUUUAGUUCAAUCAAGGCUCUGCAAAGCUUUUUUUUUCUCUUUAAAGCAUUGUGAAGAAAAUUAUAAAAACAGUGUAAUUAAAACCUUUAUUUCUUCUUCUUCCUCUUCAAUCUCUUACAGUUGAUCAGAUGUUAUGCAUUUGUUAAGUCUUUUUGAGCAAGACAAUAUUUAUAUGAGGCUUUGCAUAGUAAACUGGUUUUGUGGUGUCUACAUCUCUUAAAUGACUUUCUUUUUUCUUUUUUUUCUUUUCUUUUUUUUUUUUUUUUAAAUAUGUAUAAUAAUUCCAGUAUGUCAUUUUUGUAAGACUGAACUAUCGAAACUGAAUCUUUAUCAGAAUCAUUUGAUAUGUAAUGAGCAGAUUUGUGCUCUAGAAAUUGGUGAGUGUCGCAUGAAGAGGAUGUGAUUUGUCUGGAUGUGGCGGGAGUUUUAUCUCCAGGUUUGUACGUGUGUAGAGCUGCACCACAUGGUGGAUCUAUUAGGAAUAAGGAGUACUCAAUUGCAGGGUUGCUGUGUCGCUGGUGUUAAAGCUGUUUGGACCAAAUUCAAUCAAAUCACUUUUAAACUGCUCAAGAGACAAGGACCGUUUCUGCAAACCACCAUGCAACAACAAAAUGUCUGGUUUGUUUUUUAGUCCAGCCAGUUCAGUACAAGAAAAUCUGAAUUUGUAUCGAGAUUUUUUUUUUUUUUAGCUCCACAAUGGUUCUCAUUGUUUCUGCAGUAAUUUGAUUGACUUUGUUCUUAUUUGUUAUAGCUGUGUUUUUGGGGGGGCUGGGGUACUCCUGAUUUGAGAUCCUGUGCAGGGAGGAAAACAAAAUGUCAAUUUUCAUGUGCAAAUACACUUGUUUAUUACUGCUAUAUACUCACAAUUUGAUAAUGAACUUUUUUUGUAUAAAGAGAGCAUAACUCUUAUAUAUUUCACAGGUUGCUGAAGGACAUAUUUCUUGGCCUCAGUGUGCAGUUUGUUCUUCAAGCGACGGUGUAGGAAUUCUCCCCUCUUUUAUCUCCAGGAUUGUUUUGCACUUUCAUAUGAUGGAUUAUUCCAUGUAAUCCAGACAUGAAUUAUGAGUUCAGUUGCCAGUCUGUUUUAGGAGUUUCAGCUAUUAAGGACGAGAAAUUUAAACAUGCUAAUGAUGAUUCAUGCUAGACUACCCAACCUUGCUGAAAUGAAUAACGUCAUUAAGUGUAAUUGAUGAAACACUAUUUUUUUUUUUCCUGAAUUCUUUUUUUUUUUCUUUCCUUCCUGCUCUUUGCAUUUUUAAUAUGUUGCCCUAGUUUGUGAGGUCAAAUAUAAUUUUGUUCACUAUAAAUAGCAUUGUAACGUCUCUUGUAUUGUUAUUUGGUCUUUUUUUUCUGAAAAAGCUUCAAACUAUUGUACAAUGCCCACUUUUGAGGGCAGCUUUUUAUUUCACACUAAAAUGACUAAAAAGAA